GAAUUCCAAUCUGAGAAUACUGCUGCCAGCGGAUUUAUAUUUAUUCCGUAUCUCGUUUACUACGAGGAUAACUAAGCGUCUCAGAAAUUCGCAUGAGAUCCUUCCCCCAAGCGUCGCCUUGGCCAAAAUGAACAGUGUUCUAGAGGACGGCGAGGUUUCGGGGUCGGCGGCAAGCUCUGGAGUGGAGAAUGUUUCGCGAUCUGGUCGAGUGCGGAAGAAAAACUCUUUCUUAGCAGCUUAUGAGUCGUUGGACGAAAUUGAUAAGCCGAAAAAGAAAGGGGAACGAGUUAAAAAGGAUAUACUAUCAACUCCCAAGGUGACGUUAUCGGUUGGUGGGAGUACAAGGGAUCGAUCAGCCUCAAAUUCUAGUAACAAGCCAGGAAGGAAAUCCUCCUUACCGGCCAACAAUAAACGAAUGAAAAUGACACCAGCGAUGCCACCCAAGUUGAUGAUAGAUUCCUUCGCUGAUGGUGAUUUAGAAAUGGAUUUGCCUGCAGAGUAUGGUGAAAUGCCCAAUCUAGCAGCGGAUGAGUAUGCGGGUUAUAGUUCAUCGGAUGUGGAUGACCGAACAAAUGGAUACGCUAAAGCAAAAGCUAAGGUCAAGCUAAAGUCUCAAGCUCAUUCAACCUACAUGAUGGAAAAGUCUUUCGCCCACGCAAAUAUUAAGAGCAGUAAAAAAUCAGUUGGGAGUGGGGGUGGUACCGCUUCAAGUAGCGCUACUGGUGGUGGUACUCAUCCUGGCAAGAUGUCCAAAGAUACCAAAAAAGAGAAGGGACCUCCGCGAGUGACGGCAUAUACUCUUUGGGUAAAGGACCAACGAGAAAUUUUUGGUAAAAAAUAUCCUCACAUGGAUUCCUUAUCGCUCUCAAAGAAACUGAGCGAAAUUUGGCAAACCAAACCUCCAAACCAAAGGAAAAUGUGGAAGAAUAAGGCGGAAAAGAUUAUGAGGAAAAAUUUAAAUAUAAAAAAUUCUGCGCCAAUACUUCCACCUCCAGGAAAAGGAAAACGACGAGGUCGCCCAAGAAUUCAUCCCCUUCCUGCUGACUCCUCUGACUCCUACGGUGUAAAUGGUUCUUCUGCUAUUGUUGCACCUCCAACUAAAAUCAUUCGCAGAGUAGGAAAUUUCAAGUCCAGCAGUGCUACCAAAAAAGUGGCGACUUUAUCUGUUUCCGCCAGCACCUCAGCACCAAAGAAAGGGACGUCUUCGAUAGCAAGGAAAAAACCCAUUCCAAAAAAAUCAGUCACAAACAAUGGAGUUGGUCACAUUUCACAAGUUUCCCCCAAAGCGUCGUCCCAUCGACCAAACCACCUUUAUAUAACCUCACCCGUAGAAACACCACCCUUCUCUUUUUCACCAGUUAGGCAAUCGCUCUCUCCUCGAAAAGAUGACGGUGCAUUAUCCCCCUACAAAGUGACAGGGACAGCACCCUUAGACGUGGCAGCACAUUUGGCAUUGCUAGGUGCAUCCUUAACUACCAUUGGUGCGAGGCUGAUGGAUGUCGAGAGUACACAGCCAGUUAGCGGAAGCCUCUCUGUGUUAAUGGAUUCCUUGUUAUGUGCAAUUACACCUUUGGUCUGUCUAACUCAGCAAGUUCCAGAACUCAACUGUAUCCCCCAAGAAAGACUGAAUAGAUUGCUUGACCAUAUCGCAUACGUUAUGCCAGGCCUGUGAACUAAAUAAGUUAAAUAAUAUAGAUAGGUUAUUACAUGUUACUUACGAUUAAUUGGUUUUAUUUUAUUUAUAGCCCUUCAGAGACAGAUUAAUUAUUACCUGUCUACUGAAUAACGGUUAAAACAAUGUUUAUAGUGGUGUAAGCAUUGCACAACAAAGUCCAUCUAUAUUUUUUAAUUUAAUUAAUUAUCUAUGUUUACUUGGAUGGGUGCUGAAAAUAAAUUCAGCAUAGUUGACAAGUGAAAGUGUAAACUUUUUUUGAUAAGUGUUAAAAAAUCCUUGGAGGAUUAGAUCCGAAAAAAACUAUAAUGACUAUGAAAUCAAAUAAACUUACAUAAAAUGUUAUUUGUAAAGAAAAAACAACCUGUUUUUUACAAUGUUUCCUAUUUAGUAAUAUGGAAAUAUUAAGCUACAUACAAAUACAUGCAAUGUUGGGGGUAUCACAUUAUUUGUUUUAUAUGUAUUCUGAUGAGCCCGUUCACAAUAAAUGUUUAUCAACCGUG